AUGGCACGCAUUUUCAUCACCGGCUCCAGCGACGGCAUAGGCCAAGCAGCAGCCAAAAUCCUAAGCGAGCAGGGCCACUCAGUAGUACUGCACGCGCGCAACGCGGACCGCGCCGCCUCAACACAACAAGCAGUCCCGAAAGCUGAAGCAGUACUAGUAGGCGACCUGCGCUCGAUCACCGAGACCAAGCAACUCGCCAAAGAAGCCAACAAUCAUAGCCUGGGGACACAGGCGCCCUUCGACGCAAUCAUCCACAACGCAGGCAUCGGGUUCGGGUCGACCUCUAGCCGCGAAAUCACUGCCGACAACAUUUCUGCCGUGUUCUCGGUCAACACGCUCGCGCCGUAUAUCUUGACCUGUCUCAUGGACAAGCCCACGUCGCGGCUGCUGUAUAUGAGUUCGGAUAGCCACUACGGCGGCGAUGGGACUCUGCGGAAUGUCACGCAGUCGCAUUCGUAUGGAGAUAGCAAGAUGCAGGACGUUAUGCUUGCUAAUGCGUUUUCUCGGCGGUGGGGCGAUGAUAUCCAGGUUGUGAGUAUGCACCCGGGCUGGGUACGGACGAAGAUGGGUGGGUCGAUGGCUCCGGGGGGUAUGGAGAAGCCAGCUAAGGCGCUGGCGGAAUGGGCUGUUGGACAGGGCAAGUUGGCGAGUCUGAAAAGCGGAGCUUUCUUCACGACGAGAGGGGAGGAGUCGGCGGAUCCGGGGGCUGGAAAUGUUAACAAGCAGGAGGAAUUAUUGAGGAUUUGUCAGGAGGUCUCUGGGACGGCUAUACCAGCUCAUUAA